CUCAGACUUUCUUUUUUGUUUGUUUGUUUUUUCUGUCAAAAGCCGUCUUUUUAUAUAGAAAUAUGCAUCUCGGCGUACUAUCUUUCUCUUACAAUCGCGAUCCUGUAGAUUCUAGGGCCUCGCAUAUACGUCGAUUCUGCUGCUGGGUCUUCAAGAUUCACGAAUUUUGCUGGUGGGUUUUUGGAAUCAACUCCAACCGUUGAAAAUCAAGAUCGCAAUGCUCAAAAGCAAACCCAGAUGAAAGAAACCGAAGCGAGUUUUCAGUUGGUUUGCACUCCGAGAUCUACAUUGAGGUCUCGAAGAUUCAAGGAAAUUUUCAGUUGAAAUGCUUGAAUUCUGACGCAUCAAGAAGAUAAUGAGCAUCAUUUCCCAGCGUUCUCUAAUCCAAAAUCUGCAUUUAGGGUGUAAAGAUUGACGGAUUUUGCAGGUGGGUUUUUAAAAUCUUCGCGACCGUUUGAAAUCGAGCUUGAAAUGCUUGAUUUCCGAUGAGGAAAGAAGCAAAUGGGUGGGAUUUUCCAUUGAUUUUAUUUGUGAGCUUGUGUUUUGCGGAAUGGCGUGGCGUGCUCCAACGAUAAACCUGCCUGGUUUCAAUCGUUGUUUGAGGUUUUUUGGUUUUGGUUCUUAAGAAAGGGGAAGUGAUGGGCUCUUUUACUGGAAAUUUUGGUAUUGUCUAUGGGAGUGAUGUUACAAGUUUUUCAGGUGAAUUUUGGCAGAAUCUUGGGUUUCGGUCGACGGCUCGAGGCAGCUUGUCGUCUUCAUCGUCGUCUUUGGUUUUGGAUAGCGAGAGGGGAGAGCUUGUGAAGGCUCCGGUGAGGUUUAUGCAGAAGGGGAUUGCGGAGGCGAAGGCAAAGGCGGCUUUGAAGAACCAUAGUGAGGCGGAGAGGAGACGAAGGGAGAGGAUCAACACUCAUCUCACAACACUCAGGAACCUUGUACCCAGCACUGAUAAGAUGGACAAAGCUUCCUUGCUUGCAGAAGUGAUCGGUCAUGUGAAGGAACUGAAGAGACAUGCGACAGAAGUUAGUAAUGGAUACAUAGUCCCAACAGAUUUUGAUGAAGUGAGAGUUGAACCUGAUGCAGAUGGAAUCAACAAAGGAAGCUUCUCCAUCAAGGCGUCUCUAUGUUGCGAAGAUCGACCAGAGCUUCUGUCUGAUCUAAAGCGUACACUUCAGGCCCUCCACCUGAAAAUGGUGAGGGCCGAGAUAUCAACUCUGGGAGGCAGAGUAAAAAAUGUUUUUGUGAUGAAGUGUGAAGGAAAUGCCAAUGAUUUUGAACAGAGAAUUUUUGCAAGUUCUGUUCAUCAGGCAUUGAAGGCUGUGCUGGACAGGGUUGCAUCUCCGGAGUUUUCACCAAGAACAGAUCUUUCGAACAAAAGGCGAAGGAUGUCACUGUUUGAGUCUUCAAGUUCAUCUUCAUGAAGGCAGCUCCUCCUCGAGGAAGAAAUCGUGAUCGACGGUUGUUCUUAUAACCAGGCUUUGCAUGGCAUCAAUUGCGAAUUCCAGCACGUUGACAUGCUGAGGAAUGCAGUGGCCAGCUACCUUGAGGCGGGCCUCCAGACUUUGUAGCGAUCCAUGGUGGACAACAACUCCUUCCGAUAACAACACAACCCCAUCAAAGAGCUCGAGAAUCCGGAACCCUGGUUGAUGGAUUGUCAUGAUGAUUGUCUUACCUUGAUUCACCGCCAUCGAUUUAAGCAGCGAUACAACUUGAAGGGCUGAUGCCGAGUCCAGGCCGGAAGUCGGCUCGUCGAGAAGCAGGACAGCCGGGUCGUGGACCACAUCAACGCCAAUUGAGACCCUCCUCCUCUCACCACCGGAGACACCACGGGACAUGUCGUCGCCGCCACCAAUCCUCGACUCUGCAAUGUGAUCCAAGCCCAGCUCCUUCAACAGCUCCCGCACUCUCAUUCUGGCCUUCCGGGCCCCACCACGGAGUCUCAGACGUGCACUGUACAUGAGCGUCUCCUCGACAGUGAGCAAUGGGAAGAGUGCAUCAUCUUGGGUGACGUACCCCGACAAAUGCUGGAGCUUCCCAACAUCCAUGGGACAGCCAUUGACCAGAAUCUUACCAGAGAUUCUGUUCGGGGGUAUCAUCCCCGCCAGAAUUUCCAACAAUGUCGUCUUGCCAGCACCGCUGGGACCUGCGAUUGCCAAUAUCUCGCCAGGCCCUGCUUCACAACACACCUUCUUAAGCACAUACUUAGAACCGCCAUCGUCGCCGCACCGAGUUUGAAUCUCAUAAGAGAGUUCCUUAGUCUGUAGUCUGUAGGACGACGUCUUUGCAGGCUUGCUGAGAACCGCAGUCCUUACCGAUAACUCCAUUGAGGAAAGAGUGAGGGGAAGAUGCAAAGGAAAAAGAGACGAGGGAGAAAGUGGUGUGGAAAUAUGAGGGGAGGAGAUGAGCUAACACACCAAACUGGGAGUUUGUAUACACGCUAGCUUUGGUGUAUGAUAUUGCAUACAUGGGACUUUUUAGAGCAUGACUUAGCUUGUUGUGUUAGGUUUUCUUGGGAUUUUGGCUUUCGGUUUUGUUUCUUGAAGAGGGGUUUGGAAAAAUUCAAAGGGAAGGAGUGCAACGCUUUUCAGGUGA